AUGGAUGGAAAGUCGGACGUUGAGGUUCACAAGUACCACGUCCGACAAGUUCUUACAAUCAUGCGAAAGCAUCAAUUGUAUGCAAACCUCAAGAAGUGUAUAUUUGCAGCAAGCGAAAUACCACUUCUUGGGUGCAUCGUUGGUAAGAACGGUGUGCGUCCUGAUCCCGAAAAGAUCAAGGCGAUCACCGACUGGCCCGUGCCGGUCGAUGUCAAAGGUCUUCGAAAAUUCCUUGUGGGCUAG